AUGGUUGAAAUGAGGCCAUCAGAAUGUCCAAGUCUUGCAAUCCAUAAAUCGUUAGGGUCAAUCCCAUCACAUAAUUUCAAAUCAACUAUUGUGGCAUGUACAGGUACACCAUACGUUUUUUUAUAUGGAGGGUUUGAUGAAUAUGAUGCAUUGGAUAGCAAUGUGUACUUACUAAAUACGUCCACUAUGGAAUGGGAAAUAGACAACAAAAUUGAUGGAUUAUAUCGAGAGGGGCAUCUGUCAGUAUAUAUUGGCAAUGGUAACGUUUUAGUGUACGGUGGGCUACCAUUUGAAGAUGAGAUUCCAACACUGGAGAGUAGACGGUUUAGUACCAGACAAACCGCGUCAACAAGACAAGACACAAUGAACGGAAGUACUGGAGAGAUCAAAAAAGAUAGUUUGAUGAUGAUUUAUAACAUUUUCAAUAAAAAAUGGAUAGGUCCACCUGAUUUUGCAUUGGAAAAUUGUCCUAGUUCCCGAUCAAGACAUGCUUGCUGCUUGUCCCGUGAUGGAUCAAAACUAUAUAUUAGUGGUGGGUUGGUCAAAUCUACCCCUUUAAAUGAUUUGUACUGUUACGACUUGACUUUGGGCAUUUGGCUGGGACCGAUUGAGUUUGUUUAUAGAUUUGAUCAUACAAUUAUGAUUUACGAAGACCGGAUUUUCUCAUUUGGUGGAUUAGAUAAGGACAUGAACCACGUCAAAUCAAUAACUUAUUAUUCUUUGAAAACGAAAACAAUGGGAGAAAUAUAUUUAAAUUUAGAUAUCACCAAUGUGCCCCCAACAGGAUUUUAUGAUCUAGCUAUUUUGAGUAGCAAAAUCAAUCCGUCCAUAAGUUUGUUUGUCAAAUUACCAUUGUGGAAUUAUCCUAACAACGGACUCAGUAUUUCUUGUUUUGAUCUUGGAAAUUUUGAAGCUCAAAACUUAUUUUCACAAAAUAAUCUAAGUCAUUAUUUUACGGACAAAAAUAUGAACGACUAUAUUUGGAAAACAGCGUUUACUAAUCAUGAAGGUAAGUUGUACUUGUUGGGAGCACUAAAGAGAAAGAAAAGGAAUAGCCACCCUUUUGGGGCUUGUUUGAAUACUAGCAGUGAUAUGAACGAGAAUAUUAUGACAGAAGAUGAUGAUGAGGGGCAUGAACAUGAGUCUGACAUUGAUGGCAAUGGAAGGAGAAGAGACACAGGGGGAAGGGGAAGGGCAGAAGAAGACGAAGACGACGAAGACGAAGAACAGGAAUCGACUCGACUAAACUAUGUAUUACAAAUUGAAAUGCAAAAGUUUGGCAUCCCAUCCCAACUUGAAAAUCCAUUAUCAUUGGAUUACCAUCGACUACUUUUGAGUUCUGCAUUCACCGAUUUCGAAAUUAUUGCAUUGCUGAGCAUUGAAGACAAGGAUAAAGUAGAAGCCCAACUAGAAUAUCAAACGGAAUCUAUCAGAGUUCACAAGACAGUUCUUGUAGCCCGUUGGCCUCAUUUUCAAAGAAUGAUACUGACAGGAAUGAAUGAGGCAUUAGAAAAUAAAUUGUUUCUUCCCGAGCCAAUUAAUCGAAUCAAAGCUUUGAUUUAUUACUUGUAUAUUGGAACCAUUGACUUUGAUGAAAAAUACAUUGGCGAGCUUACGUUGGUUGAUUAUUCAGGCUUACUUGUUUUGACAAAUUUAUAUGAAUUGAAAGAACUUGGAUAUUUAUUGUUACAGAAAUUAUUCAAAUUAUUUAUCCAGUUUGAUAAUAACUUUUCUGACGAUGAAACAUCCAUUUCUACAUUAUUGACAAUCUGGAGAGACUUGGCUUUUUCGAACGAAUCAAUUUUUAUAGUGACAGUAUUGGAGUUGAUUAAACGAAAAUGGGCAAUUAUAACCAGAUCAAAGACUUUUCUUUCUCUUAGCAAAGAGGAGAUUGUUAGAUUAUGCCAAGACUCAACGGAUGACUCACCUUUAUCCAAAAGUCCUAACCACAAUCGUUCUUUAGACACAUUAGACACCAACUUGAUUCCAGAAACCCCAACAAGAAAUACAAACUCUCCAUUUGUGAUUGAUUCACCCGCAAACCAUUCAAACCUGCUUUCAACAAGCGUUUUUGACUAG